AUGGGCUCGGACUACCCUCCUCUGGCAAGACCAGGCAUUAUUAGACAUGCUCGCAGACAUUCAUUGACAAAUGCGCCAACUACAGGGCUGCUUUUAUCCACAAAAGACCCCAAUCACUUCCGAAAUAGCAGUCCAAAGGCGCCAAUAGUCGUCUCAACCGAGGGAGAUGUGAUUCUUAAAUACACUAACCCAUCGUCAACAGAGAGUUGUCAUUGGAAAGUGGAAAGUAAUCUCCUGAUGCGCAACAGUCCCUACUUCCGAGCCUUGAUGGACCCCAACAAGUUUUCCGAAGGGAGGUUUCUUGCGCAGGUGAAGAAAGAGCCGUCCACGCAGGAUGCUCUGCCAAUAGUGGUGAUGCCAGCAAGCCAAUUCACCGAAAUGUGCGGUACAGAUGCCCUGGAGCUAUUUCUGCAAAUCCUGUGCCUGGAUUCCGUGGAUUUCUUUGAUUUUGAUGAGCUGAAGGAGUUUGAUUGGAGGAGACUCUUCCUUCGAAAUCUGAAAACGCAGUCUCCAUCUCUCAUAUCGAGACUAAUAGAAGUCGCGGACCUGUACAAUUCCCCUCAUUUCAUACGUGAAACACUCAAAAAAGUUGGUUAUAUGUUUGGCAGGAGUAAACCUCAGCUGGGCAAAUUUAGUCCGACCAUUUUGAAAGCAAGCGAAGAUCGUAUUCGUCAAACUCUCGUUGUGGCAGAAUUUCUGGGAGAAUACCAUAUCACAAAGAUCAUGACACAUACGCUAGUGGUUAUUGGAUCUAAGUAUUGGACUGAUGGAACGAAUGUGCCGACCAGUCCAUAUUUUCGUUGGCAAUACCUGCCGCAUGGAUUAGAAGAGGAGAUCUACUUCAGGCGACAGUGUGUUUUGAACACCAUUACCGACCUUCAGGCAUACUUUCUUCGCGCUUACGGAGCACUCGAAGAAAUUGAUGAGCCAAAAGAAACCAAACCUCCAUCCCUCGGCGUAGCAUUUAUUACAUCACACCAACACCGCCAUUUUCAAUGCCGGGGAGGGUUUGGGAAUGCCAGCCAAUGCGACCUAUUCCACUUGGGACAAAUGACGCGUUUCUUUGCAUUGCGCGCAAAGACUAUAUUCAUCGGAUCAACAUUGAUUGAUCCAGACUUUGGCUUGAGUAGUGAUGAAGAUGAAGAAGAUGAAAAGGGUCGAUCUAUAUCUGGCCCAGCAUCGGAUAUCACCGCCCUUGUUGCAUCUCUAAAGCAGUAUCCAGAUUACCAGAUCGAUCUUAACCACCAGGGUUGUGGCGUGAGACGUCGCUUACUUCCUGUGCUGGAUGGGAUUGAGAGAUUUAUCCUGGAUAGUCGUGGCCUUCUUGGGGUGAACCUCCAUGAAUGGGAAAAUGUAUCUUUGCGUCCGUCUAUCGCCUGGUCGAAUCGGAACAGCCAAGCAGACCAUAAGGUUGAUAUUCGAUUUGCCAAAAUCACGGCUGUACAGUUCCCAUCUCAAGCCGCUUCUCCCGCUCGGCAAUUCACCCAGGAAGAAGAUGCGUGGUUAUUAUUUACAGCCAAGAAGCGAAACUGGGAGUCAUAA